UAAUUAAAUUUUCAAAUCGAAAAAUAUAUAUUUUUUUGUAUAAACAAUUUAUUAAAUUGUAUUGCUUCUAGACAAAAUUAGGGAGAAUAGGUUGGGAUGGUUUUUGGUCAUGUUAUGAAAAGAAGUGACAUGGAGCUAGCAAGAGAGGCUAUGGAAUUUAACGUAGAAGGAUAGAGGGAGAGAUUAUGGUCGAAUUAAGAAGAGAUGGAUAGACAGAAUUGAUAAUGAUACGAAAAUAUAACUGAUGUGAGUAAAUGAUGUAUCAUUAUACUUUUUUUUUUUACAACUAUCGGGUUUUAAAACAGUAUAGAAACACCUGUGAGUGCAAAAAUGUCUAUACAGUCAUAAUUUAUAAGCAACUGAUUCAGGUCAUUUAAAAAUUGGAAAUCUUACCUUUUCCUUCCGGAACUAACCCAGUAGGUGUAUUGGGCGCCCCCUUUUUAUCCAGUACCCCUUUUUUGUCAGUUCAAACAUCAGUGGACUGUAUUGAGUAUAUAACAGCACAUCACAAACAUGAACAAAUGAUAAUUAUGGUACAAAUAUUACAACACGGGGAGUAGGCGUCCAUCUACUAUAUAAAACAAAUGUAGUUUGAUAAUUGUUAUAUAUUAAUGAUACCACAAAAGGUAACACUGUUUUAGAUACACACUUGUAUUGUAUGAGUCUUCCUGAUACCCAUUAAACAAUGUGAUUUUAUGAUUUCAUGUAUGGCACGUUUUUCUCAAAUAAAGAAAUGUAAUUAAAAGUAGCGUUUUUUAUCUUUUUAAAUCAAAGUUGUUGUACAAGACACAACAAAUUUGGCGACGAAGAUGGUGAAAAACAAAUCCGCAGAUUCGGAAACAAGUGUGUCAAACACUGCGUUUGGUAACAACGCGGGUAAUAAUAUGACGGCAUAUGUUGGACUUAACCACAUGUCAUUUGAUCACCGUUCCGGCGAAUGGAAAACUUUUAAAUUAAAGUUAACAAAUAGUUUUAUUGCUGGUGAUGUUUCAAGUGACCUCAAAAUGAAAGCCAUUUUAAUAACUGCGCUGAGUGACGAAACGUUGUCCUUACUCUCAAGUUUAUGUGUGCCUUUGGACAUUGAAGCAAAAUCAUUCAAUUAUCUAAUCAAAUUAUUAGAUGCACAUUUCACGCCGGUAAAAUCGUAUUUUUCUGCCAGAUAUGAAUUCUACAGAGCGGAGAAAAAUCCUAUGGAAACGGUUGCAGAAUGGGCUGCUCGAGUACGCACCUUAUCCAUACCAUUUGGUUUUGGUACUGAACUAAAUAUUGUUUUAAUAGACAUUUUCACUCUUGGUCUUGAUAAACAAUUUAAAGAACGAUUAUUCGAAGAAGAUGCCACAAACAAAAUUAUCACUAUGAAUAAAAUGAUGGACAUCGCUCUUGCUAAGGAAAUGGCCAGUAAAAAUGCUGCGAAAAAUAAUCAAGAACCAAAUGAAGUAAAUUUUGUAAAAGGAAAUAAAGUUACCCUCAAGAAAUCCACUAAGAAGAUAACCAAUAAACAGUAUUCAAAGAACUCAUAGAAGGAUCAAGCUGGCGAAACCUCGGGCGAAACCCACAAACAAA